GGAAGACCAACAAUGUUAGGUAAAAACUUCCAGCAUCGCCCUCUUCCGACAUCUUUACGUGAUCUCACUAUAAGAACAUAACACUCUUCCAUCAUUCAAUUCCCCUCCUAAGAAGUUCACUUCCAUGGUAGCAUCAUCAUUGGCUUAGAACUAUUUCGCUUUGCACAAUGUCCACAGAAGCCAUCGCCACCAGCCCUGCGGCAUCAACCGCCAAGAGCGUUGCGACCCAUCCUCUUGCACCUUUGUCAGCACAAGAACUCACUUCUGCUGCAUCGAUAAUCAAGGCUUCAUGGCCAGCACAUACAGACCUACAUUUCAAGGUCGUGACGCUGGAAGAGCCACCAAAGGCCGAAGUCCUGAAGUAUCUAGAUGCUGAACAUCAAAAGACUUCUCUUCCAAGUAUCAGUCGAAAGGCAUUCGUGAAUUACUACAUACGCAACACCAAUAAAUUCCACGAGGCCAUUGUUGAUCUUUCUACCGGACACGUAGUUUCCAAUGUGCUUCUCGGCCCCUUUUUCCAUGCCAACGGAGAUGGCGAGGAAAUCGUGGCCAUUGAGAAGGCGGUGCUUCAGGAUGAAAGCGUAAAAGCAGAGAUUGCCAAACUUCAGCUCCCAGAAGGAACUGUGGUCAUUUCAGACCCUUGGAUCUACGGAUCUGAUGGUGUCAACGAUGAGGAAAGGCUGUAUCAAUGUUUCCUCUAUUUGCGUGAUCCCAUGAACCCAGGAGAAGCGGACUCAAACCACUACGCACUUCCGUUGCCCAUAUCCCCUGUCGUUAGCACCGCCGAUAACAACAAGGUAAUCCGUAUCGAUAUCAUGCCAACAGGUGUCGAUAACACCAUUAAACCAAUUGGCCCAUACAAAGUGCAACCGCCAAAUGAAUACGUUUCUGAGUACCAGAGUCUGCGAACAGACCUGAAGCCCUUAAGAGUUGUUCAGCCGGAAGGUGCAAGCUUCCAAGUGACCCGAGAGGGCACAUCAAGUAUUCUUGCUUGGCAAAAGUGGAAGUUCAGAGUGGGAUUCAACCAGAGAGAAGGCAUGGUCUUGUACGAUGUGCGAUACGAUGGACGCCCAUUGUUCUAUCGACUAAGCCUUUCUGACAUGAACAUCCCCUAUGCUGACCCACGCCACCCCUUCCAUAAGAAAUCCGCCUUCGAUCUUGGUGAUGCCGGAGCGGGAAUCAUGGCAAACAACCUCAAGCUCGGUUGUGACUGCUUAGGAUCAAUCUAUUACCUGGACGCAGUACUGUCUGACGACAAAGGCGGGGUCACUCCAAUGGACAACGUUGUUUGCAUACACGAACAGGACGCCGGUAUUGGUUGGAAGCAUACCAAUUACCGAACCGGUCGCGCUGCCGUUGUACGCUCCCGCGAGCUUGUGCUCCAAUCCAUCAUCACCGUCUCCAACUACGAGUACAUUCUGGCCUUCAUUUUCAACCAGGCCGGUGAGAUCGAUUAUGAGAUUCGAGCAACAGGUAUAUUAAGCACGCAACCGAUUGAUGAGGGCAUUGAGGUACCUUUUGGAACGGUCGUUCAUCCUGGCGUUCUCGCCGUUCAUCAUCAACACAUCUUCAGUCUGCGUGUCGAUCCAAUGAUUGACGGGCUUGAUAACCGCGUCGCCUACGAGGAAGCCCAUGCCAUGCCUCGAUCAGAGUUCAACCCUCACGGCACCGGGUAUUUCACCAAGGAAACCGUAAUCUCGGAAUCUGGAGGCUACGAUCUUGACUACGACAAGAAUCGUACAUUCAAAAUCCAAAACGCCAACGUUCGCAAUCCCAUCAACGGAAAGCCUGUGGCCUACAAGAUCCAGGCCCCACCGUUCCAAAAGAUCUUGUCAGACAAGGACAGCUUCAACUACAAGCGCGCAGAAUUCUCCGACCACAACAUCUACGUCGUGAAGCAUCGCGAUGGCGAACUGUACGCAGGAGGAAAAUAUACGAACCAGUCGCGAGGCGGAACCGGCGUGCGAUCGUGGGCAGACCGAAAGGACAACGUUCAAGACACCGAUCUGGUUGUCUACAUCCAAGCGGGCAUCAACCACGUGCCACGCAUUGAGGAUUUCCCCGUCAUGCCUUGUGAGAUAUUGAAGAUUCACAUGAAGCCUGUCAAUUUCUUUGAUAAGAAUCCCGCGCUUGAUGUCGCGCCUAGCGAGCAGGGGUUCAAUAAGAGUGUGCUGGUCAGUGAGCAACAUCACCAGCCUACCGUGGAAGCAACCAUCGACAAGGACGGUGCAUGCUGCGGACCGAAGUUAUGAGUUGGAUAAGUGCUACAAUAAUAAGCAAUUUAUCAAUUGGGUGAUUUUUGUGGAAUUUACUACCCUGGCAGCGCUUCGCAUAUGCUAGUAUAGUACUAGCAAGGAGAGUUAAGACGUUGGAAUAGAUAGAAUUUCUACCGUAAGGCAUUUUUAAUAUAUCCUUG